AUGGAGCGGGUGCUGGACCAGCAGAUACACGAGAGCAACGUUGCGCCAUUUCUGCAGCGCAUACGGGAAAUGGUUGGCGGAAGACUGCGUACUGGUAGAUUGCGGGUGAGACACAUACAUACUCUACGCGCCACGCCGCAGACGGCGGCCUCGACGCACUCGCACCGCAAGACCGCUGAUACCCUGAAUGGUAUAUCCAUUCACCAAAUCUUGAUCCGCAACAAAGGCAUCGCCGCGACGUCACCUUAUGAUCACAAAACCGAUAACGGACGCGUGUUUGGAACUCUCGGCCAGAAUGACGCCGGAUUGUUUGGUAAAGGUGGCUACGAACAUAACUUCUUCGACGAUGACCGCGGCAAGUUAGACGGGCAAGUUUACGGAACGCGAGUGCUCGGGCCUUACGGUGACUCAAGUCACCUGGGUGGUGCGCUCAACUGGCAAAAUCCUAAUGCAGCCGCGUCGCUCGAAGUGAGCAAACAAAUCCACGGUCCCGAUUCGAUAAUGGCAGGCGCUGGGGGUAGGUGGCCAGUUGGUAAAAAUGGUGACUUCUCACUGGAAGGAACGUACUAUGGGAAGACGUCUGGAUACAAGCCGGAGUACGGUGGCAGAGGCGUGUUUAACUACCGUUGGUGA